GCUGCGGUGAGGACAGACAUGGGUCAGGCGGCCAAGGUUUUACAGCUCUUUAAAACAUUGCACAGGACCAGACAACAAGUUUUUAAAAAUGAUACCAGAGCAUUAGAAGCAGCCAGAAUAAAGAUAAAUGAAGAAUUCAAAAGUAAUAAAAAUGAAGCUUCUCCUAAGAAAAUAGAAGAGUUAAUAAAAAUAGGUUCCGAUGUGGAAUUGUUGCUUAGAACAUCUGUUAUACAAGGUAUUCACACCGACCACAAUACACUGAAAUUGGUCCCUAGGAAAGACCUUCUUAUAGAAAAUGUGCCAUAUUGUGAUGCUCCAACUCAGAAGCACUGAAUUUUCUAGGAUAAAAUCAAGUUUUUAUAAUUAAAAAUUUUUAAAUAUAUAACUGCAAAAAAAAUUCCUGGAACUGCAGAUAUUUUUCUCUAAACUGGCAUAUUGAAAAUUAGUGAAUUAAAGUAUAGUUU